CUUGCCGUCAUCUACGAUGUAUGUGAGUUGGUAAUCUGUGCCCAUUCUGUGGCAAUUAUGGUGUCAUCCUUGUAAUGGCGGACGUGUAUUUAAAUCAGACUGGUGACAUGUUUCUAAAUAGAUAUUUCUAACGAAAUUUUGAAGAAAAUUGUAGGACGUUUGUUACCAGUAACAGAAAAAUGUUUCAGACAUAUCAGCCACAUGUAUUGGUGUGUAAUAGAAGAAGAUAAGAUUAUGGCAUUAAUGUCAGCCUCUCCAGUCAACAGAAUUGCCAACAUUACAGCAUAGUUAUGUUGGAUGAUAACUCCUGUGUUAGUGAAGUGACAUCAGCAAUUAGUAGAAUCAGAAUGCAGUCAAAUACUGUAAAUAAGACACUGUCUUCCAGUGAUGACAUAAACUCAGCACUACAGUCUCCAAAUAUUCCGGUGAUAGAGUCCCCUGACAAUCCAGUAACUAAUGCUUUUAGGUUGAGGGACAUAAUACAUUCUGGUGCCACUUCCCUGAAUACUUCACGUUAUAAUAUACCUAUUAUUGGAUAUGAGAUUAUGGAAGAGAGGGCCCGGUUUACUGUUUAUAAGCUACGCAUUGAAAACAGUGUUACUGGAGAUUGCUGGUUCGUGUUUAGAAGAUACACAGACUUUGUCAGAUUGUUUUCAAAGCUGAAGACUGAUUUUCCAUCUGUAAAGCUGACACUGCCAAGAAAACGUUGGUUUGGAGACAACUUUGAUCCAAAUUUUCUUGAAGAUCGAAUCCAUGGCCUGCAAUGUUUUGUAAAUGCAAUCCUUGAACAUCAGGAUUUGUAUACUGCCCCAUCAGUGCAAGAUUUCUUUUGCCUGAAUGAACCUCCAGCAUAUGCAGAAAGUGUGGAGGAAUCCCGGGCAAUAUUUGAAGCACUGGAAGAGACUAUUUACCACUUAAGAAGCCAACUGAAGGAAAAAGACAUGGAACUAAACAGAUUAAGAGCAUCUCUCACUGCAGAAAUAAAGAAGAAAGACAGGCUGUCUCAGAUUUUAAGAGACUCGACAACAGAUUGUCCUCAAUGUGGUAAAGACUUUACAGCUAUCAGCUCACCACUUUCUGACACAUCUAUAUUGAAAGAGAUUAUCAGUGAAGAAAACAAUGGGAUCAGUUCACAGAAACAUACAAAGGCUCAGCUGUAAAUUGUUGCCUUCCAUAUUGUACCUUCCUGUUAAAGUCUGAUAUGAAUGGGUGAAAAGACUAUUUGCUACUUUCUAAAAGUUUUAAGUUUGUUACUACAUAUUUAUUACAUACAAUGCCUAUUUUAAGACACACUUGAUAAUUGUAAAUCUUCCAAAGAAAUUUUAUAUUUAAUUAGUAAUCAAAGGCUGUGAUCAAUAGGCAAAUAUGACAAUACUGUACAAUUAUAAUUCCAUACAAGUAUUUGAGAAAAAGUACAAUGAUUUUCCUUGACAGGAAAAGAAUGUCAGUUUAUAUGCAGUGCGCAAAGGGUGGCUGUGCAACAAGUUAUGAGCCGUAUGAGGCUCUUGCUUCUCAAACGACCAGUUGAUGCUAUAUAGCCUUUACAAUGCAUAAGUGUGAUUGUUCAGUCAAAGUACUUGUAUAAUUUUUUUGUAGAUUCUAAAUACUGUCCACAGACCAGGAGAAAAGCCCUGCGGGGGGAAGUCGUUUCUAGGGCAGUGCAGGGGGAAUAUUUACUGUCAAGUGGACUAGAGGGCUGCUAUUGGUGGGAAGUGUGAUACUUCAGAGUUUUACACUAUUACGCACAGACUGAAAACAUCAAGCAGUUAAGAGUAGCGUGUUGUGAGUGCACCUGUAUUGUGUUCUGUGGGUGUUGUGAUAAUAUUCUAGAUUAAAUCACUGUGCCACUGUGAGGUAAUCUUAGAGCUAUACACUAGAACACAUGAAAACCUGUUGUCUGUUGUUCGUUCAGUAGUUGUGGAACUAAUGCUUUUAGGAUGGGUCAUCACUCACUGCGAAAUCUUGCGUAUGUGCGUAUGUUGAAUUCCUAGCAGGGCUUUUCCCCUGGUCUGUGGACUGUUGGUCAGAAUAUGUCAAGGACUGAAGGGUUGGAGGCGAUUGUCGUAAACCAUUACGAAAAAGUUACUUUUAACACUGAAAAUCUUGUGAUGCAAAUAAAAGUGCAGCUGUGAAAGAAUUACUGAAAACUUUAGGUUCUGUUGUUCUAAUGAACAGGCCCUAAAAAGCAUACACAGAAUCUUAUGAAUAGUGCACUAUUUCCCAGAAAUGCAUAUUUUGUAUUUUCAGUUGUGCAGUAUUUAAUGCAUCUUCAUUUACACUUGUUUCUGUUACUAUUACUUAUAAUUAUUUCUUGACAAAUUAUUUAUUUAGUUAUUAAAAAUACUUUUAAAGGGUCAGGUAGUUGUAGUGAUGGUGCUGGUAUUAUUGUGAAAAGACAUUGGUGGCUUAUGAAGGAGAGGAUGGGUAUAAGGCAGAAAAAACUGGGCUAACACACUUAAAAAAUUACAUCUUCUCCUGCAUGAGCCACCACUGAUAAAAGUAAUAUGUAACUUAAAUAUUAUUUUGUAAAGGUUCUAGCUGUGCUGUAUAACCAUUACUACUCAGGAACAAUUCAACAAUAAAUUUUCCAUUUCAGUACCCUCUAAA